AUCGCGUCUGCGCAUCUGGAAGUACAAAGCAUUGGAGUCGACAGGAGCAAGCAGCCACGGUAUAAAAUUGCCCUGCAGUCUGAUCCCUGUGAUGGCAAUCCUGAGUUAAAAGUAGCAUUGUGUUUCUGCAGUGAAGGAUAUUACAGCUGCGAUUUUUUUCACCUUUAAAUAAUUAUCUUCCCAUUGGAAGAAAAUGACUGUCAAAGCAACCAGCAACUCUUACCGUUUAGUUUUAGAAGUAACCUUGUUCUGCAUCAUCGGGGUCCGGCAGGCUGUAGCGGCGCCGAUAGGCAUCGUCAAGUUUCCAGGUGAUAACAGCACGAAAACAGACAAGGAACUAGCCACUAUAUACUUGAAUAAGUUCUAUGGCUGUCCAAAAGAAAGGUGUGAUCUUGUGGUGCUGUCAGACACACUGAAGAAAAUGCAGAAGUUUUUUGGACUGCCUCAAACUGGAGAAUUGGAUUCUGAGACAGUAAAUGUGAUGAAAAAGCCACGAUGUGGAGUUCCUGAUGUAGCCAAUUACAACUUCUUCCCACAGAAGCCAAAAUGGGAAAAUAAUAAAAUAACUUACAGGAUUUUGGGAUACACUCAUGAUCUGGACCAAGAAACAGUUGAUGAUGCUUUUGCUCGGGCUUUCCAGGUGUGGAGUAACUUCACUCCACUGAAAUUUUCAAGGGUCUACGAUGGCGAGGCAGACAUCAUGAUCAACUUUGGGCGCUGGGAACAUGGUGAUGGAUACCCAUUCGACGGGAAGGAUGGGCUCUUGGCACAUGCCUUUGCCCCAGCAAAAGGACUUGGAGGAGAUUCUCAUUUUGAUGAUGAUGAGUUCUGGACACUGGGUGAGGGACCAGUUAUUAAAGCAAGGUUUGGGAAUGCCGAAGGUGCAUUUUGCAAAUUUCCAUUUUUGUUUAAUGGGAAGGAAUACAACAGCUGCACUACUGACGGCCGUACUGAUGGAUUCCCUUGGUGUUCCACGACCUACAAUUUUGAUGCAGAUUCAAAAUAUGGAUUUUGUCCUCAUGAAUCACUAUUUACUAUGGGUGGAAAUAGUGAAGGAGUGCCGUGCUCAUUUCCUUUUACUUUUGAUGGCAAGCAGUACGAUAGCUGUACAACUGAAGGACGAACUGAUGGCUAUAGGUGGUGUAGCACGACCAGCAACUACGAUACAGACAGAAAAUAUGGCUUUUGCCCAGAACAAGCCAUGUCAACCAUUGGAGGGAAUUCGGAUGGUUCACCCUGUGUAUUUCCUUUUGUUUUCCUUGGUAAUACAUUUGACUCCUGCACCACCAGUGGACGUAAUGAUGGCAAGAUGUGGUGUGCAACCACUGGAAACUAUGAUGAAGACAGCAAGUGGGGAUUCUGCCCUGACAAUGGUUAUAGUCUUUUCCUUGUUGCUGCUCAUGAGUUUGGCCAUGCACUCGGUUUAGAACAUUCCCAAGACCCUGGAGCAUUGAUGGCCCCAAUUUACACCUACACCAGAAACUUCAGGCUGUCACAAGAUGAUAUCUCUGGCAUUCAGAAACUCUAUGGUGUGCCAACUGAUAAGCCUUUACCACCAACGCAGGGUCCUGUCACUCCUAUGGAUCUAUGUAAGGAAACAUUGAUCUUCGAUGCAAUUACUCUAAUGAGGGGAGAACUGUUCUUCUUUAAAGAUCGAUUCUUUUGGAGGACCAGGAAUCCCCGGACCAAACCCUCAGGACCAAAUCUGGUUGGGAUGUACUGGGCUGAACUGCCUGAUAAAAUUGAUGCUGCCUAUGAGGAACCUCUGGGUCAGAACACUAUAUUCUUUGCAGGUGAUCAAUACUGGGUUUAUACUGCCAAUGAUCUGAACAAAGGAUACCCCAAGAAACUAUCUGCACUUGGGUUACCAAGUGACUUGCCACGAAUUGAUGCAGCUUUUAACUGGAAGAGAAACAAGAAGACCUACCUCUUUGCAGGUGACAAAUUUUGGAGAUACAAUGAAACAAAGAAGAAAAUGGAUACUGGAUUCCCUAAAUUAAUUGCGGAUGCCUGGAAUGGGAUCCCAGACAACUUGGACUAUGCCCUGGAGUCUCUUGGAGAUGGACACAGCUACUUUUUCAAGGAUUGGUACUACCUUAAAUUGGAAGAUCAAAGCUUGAAGAUUGUCAAAGUAGGGAAUGUGAAAAAUGACUGGCUUGGUUGUUAGGUUAAACAUAUUUUCAAUCAUUUAUCUUUAUUUUACUUUCAAAUAAUCGAAUGUCUUCACUGUAUAUUUUUGUUAAAAUGGCAUGUACAGCAUUGUCUUACAGUUGCAAAGUCCAACUUGGAAUUCUAUACUGAGACCAACUACAACAGUAUUAUAUCCAGCUUUGGUAUUGGUAUUGGAACUAUAGUUUUGCUUCAGUAAUUUCAUUAUUCUGUGAUAUGGUAAAAGUGGUGAAGGCACAGGUUGCCUCAAGUAUUGAUUUGUGUAGUGUGAUGGAAUUAUAAUGAGAAACUAUUAUUUAAGAAUUUGAAAAUGCUUUCUGUACUUCACUGCACAAUUUUUUUAACACAAGCAAUAUUAAUGUGUUUUGUCUUUUAAAGUACAGGAAAUGCUUUGAACAAAUCUGAAUUUUUCAGUUUUGUGUUCCAUGCAGUGGCUACAAAGUAUUGAUAAUAGCUGAGACAUGAAAAUAAACAACUAGCUAUCAGAAGCAGAUUGCAAUUAAUAUCUUUUAGAACAAAUAUGACAAAUAGAUGAAAACAGUCCAAAUAUCAGGUGUUUGCUUAAUGAAGCACAGCAGCGUCAGUUUAAUUGCAUGUGCGGAAUAAAAUAAGUUUGAAGAGUAUACCUAGCCAAAGCUAAGUGUUCAAAUCUGAUUACAAAUAAUAUCUCACAAGAAACACAGGUGUUUCAAUUUCUUGUAUUACAGUUUUAAAUGAAUCUGCAGAAGAAAUAUAAUUUUUGGAAGUAUUCUUCUAUUAAUUUAGAUUUUUGCGGAAAUUUGAUAUUCAAUAAAGUUAUCUUAAAGAGUUUUGAAUCCAAUUCUUGUGACUAAUUAACAGUGAAAAGACAGUAGGCAGACAAAGUUACCUCAUUAAGUUUAUCCAGAAAUUAUUUAACCCAUACAUCACAAUGGGUAUUAAUAUAUUGUUAAUCAAAUAAAUCCUUGCCUGGAGCUCGACGUUUUAAUGAAGUCAUCUCAUUAACAAGAUAGUUUGGCAAACCUAUUUGAAAACCAGAGGAAAAGAGGUUAUAAGUGUGAAAAUGUGAUAACCUCAUAUUAGGAAUGAACAUUCUUAAUAUAAAUUCCAAUUUGCAAGCACAAAUUAAAUUACCUCAGGCACAAUGAGACACUGACAGUAACUUUUCUCUUCUUGAGUGACUUUACAAAGUUCUGCUGAAAUUCAAAGAUAAUUACCCAUAAGUAUAUAAAAAAUAUUAGCCAGGAAUUUCUUGUGAUUGUUUAUUUGUGGCCAUUGUGCACAAUGGCGUCCAGUGAAAAAUUUGUACCAAAAAUUUACUGGCAAAGAAUUUAAAAAGUAUUGUUGCAUAAUACUGUACAACCCCAGUUUCUCAAUGUCUAAAUAAACGUCCAAAUAAACUA